AUGUCAGCUCAGCCUCGUCUCAUUCCAAAAUAUGCCCAUACGAAGGGUUUGACGAGACUUGCCUACUCCACUGACGGUGCUCACCUCAUCACCGUUGGCUCCAACCAGGUCAUUCGCAAGUUCCAGGUCGAUUCGGAAGAUGAACCCGUCACCAUUGAGCAGCACAACGAUGCCAUUACAGGUGUGGCCACUUCCUCUGAGUACUUUGCGACUUGCUCGGAGGAUGCCAGUGUGAGUCUGUUUUCCAUGACCUCGAACGAGUUCAUCACGAUGCCGACACGAUGCACCCUUCCGGUUCGCGACAUUGCGUUCAGCCCUGAUGGCGAGUGGAUCGCUGUCGCUUCCGAUGAAACUGUCGUCAAGCUUGUCAAUACGUCUGAAUCCACGAAGAUGAUGAAGCUCCAGCCCCACAAUAAGUCCAUCAAGCACAUCGCUUUCCACCCCUCCGGUUCGCUCAUCUCCACAUCCUGCUCGGACGGCAACAUAUAUAUUUGGUCACUUUCAUCCGAGUCUCCUGAACUUUUAAAGACUUUGCCGAACAUCAUCGCUGCUCUCGAGCCUGAGGAGGAAACAUCCGCUCGUGUCGCAUGGCACCCCGACGGCCGUGCUUUCGCCGCUGCCACUAAGAUGAAGGAAGUCGUUGUCGUCAACCGGAAUGAUUGGGAAAGGCAAGUUGUGUUCAAGAAUGGACAUGUAGGAGAUAUCACAGAUGUGGCAUGGUCGCCUAACGGAGCUUACCUCGCUACGGCUGGUAAGGAUGGCAAGGUGUUGGUGUGGUCUACCAAGGAUCAGGCCAUUGUCGCGAAGCAGGAGAUCAAGAACGUCGUCAGCCUUGCGUGGCACCCCAAGCAGAACACUCUGUCGUUCACCACAAACUUGGGACAAUUGUUCACAUGGAGGGAUGUCGUGCUGGAGUCUUCCCCUGCUCCCUUUGGUUCUCGUUUCCAUCCUGCGCCGCUCUUGCACGACGAUACUCCGGCACCUGUCAGAGCUAAUGGCAAUGCUAACCCUCUAUUCCACGCCGAAGCGGAGGAAGACGACGAUGAUGAGCCAAUGGGCGAUGACAACGACCUCGCCGCCGCCGCGAACGACGACUGGAUCGUCGACGAUGACGGCGCUGGCUACAUCCCCGACCUGAAAGAGCGUGAAGCUCGGAAACGUGGCCCCGCACAAGAUGACCGUGUUGCGAAGCGACGCGCAAUCGACAAGAGUGUCGAGUUUUCCGGCAUUCACGAACCCUUCCAGCCCGGUUCCACACCCUGGCGAGGCAAACGCCGUUAUCUCGCUCUUAACAUGAUCGGUGUUGUGUGGACCGUCGACCAGGACACUCAUAACACUGUCACUGUUGAGUUUUUCGACAAGGAUGCUCAUAGGGGAUACCAUUUCACUGACCACUUCAAGUACGACAAGGCGUGUCUGGACGACAACGGUACCCUUUACGCCAACUCCUCCGACGAUGGUCAGCCCAGCACCGUCUUUUUCCGGCCACAUGAAACUUGGGCGAACAAGGCAGAUUGGUCGGUGCAACUGCCCAAGGGUGAGGACGUGACAAGUAUCGCGCUCAGUAAUAGUCACAUCGUGGCUUGUACAAGCAAGGGAUACGUGAGAGUAUGGAGCUUCACGGGUGUUCCCGUAAGGAUGUGGAGGCAAAAGCACAUGCCCGUGGUAACCUGUGCAACAUGGGGAAACUACGUGAUGGUCCUCGGAAACGGUGCGAUGAACGCCAACGGUUCUGCGGAACUCACGUAUACCAUCGAGAACGUGAGGAGGGACGAGGCGAUUCAGUCGCAAGACGUUGUUGCUCUUCCGCCUGGUGGAUAUCUUCAAUCUGUCUUCUUCUCUGAGGAGGGUAAUCCCUGUAUCUACGAUUCUGAUGGCGUUGUCCUUGUUUUGCUGCAUUGGCGGACGCCCGGACAGGCGAAGUGGGUACCGCUCCUCGAUACGAAUAUGCUCCCACGACGUACCGAAGGACGACAAGAGUCAUACUGGCCAGUCGCAGUCGCACAGAACAAAUUCCACUGCAUCAUCUUGAAGGGAGGCGAGAAACAUCCUUACUUCCCCAGACCACUGUUUAGCGAGUUUGACUUUACCGUCCCGAUCUACGAAAAGGUGGAUCCGAACCCAUCCUCCGUACAAUCAUUGGAAGAACAGCAUCUGCGGUUCUCUGUACUUCAUGCGCUCGGCGAGGACGCCAUGUCCGGCAAUGGUACGGCAGCGGAGAGGAUGGAUCUUGCGAAGAAGGAGAUAUCGAUUGAUAAAGCUUUGUUGCAGCUUAUUCAACUGGCUUGUAAGGAUGCGCGUGGAAGCAAGGCGAUUGAGUUGGUGGAGUUACUGAGGAGGGAGGUCAGUUUGGAUGCUGCGGUCAAGAUUGCAUUGCAUCAUAACCAGACUGCAAUUGCGGAGAAGAUCAAUCAGGUCAAGGAACAGCGUUUGCAGUAG